AGAAGAAAGAAAAAGAAAAAGAGAAAAAAAAAGAAAGAAGGAAGAAGAAAAGCGAGAGGGGCAUGUCGAUUCCAAGUGUCGGAGGAUAUCGUCGAACGGGAAAUCAGAGAAACUCGGGAGAGGACGAUCGAGACGAGGGAGGAAAGUGAGAUAUAAAAUAUUGAAUCGAGGGGUGAAAGGUGGAUCGCGAGGUUAAACUCGUGGAUUGAGGAGCCGGCUAUGAGAGGAAAGCUCGUGGCGACUCGUGGUCGACUCGUGACCCGUGACAACGAGGGACAAGAAGAAGAAGAAGAGAAGAAGAGGAGGAGGAGGAGGAGGAAGGCAUCGGCGCGGUCGCUCGAGCGUGAUUCCGGCCGCGUCGCGCCGCUUCCUAUUCGCGGGACGACCAUCCCACGGAUUGGACGGAUCGAGGAUCGGCCGAGGAUAGUCCACCGUCGUCGAAGGUUCGAGGGAGAUCGGAGAAUCGUUGGGCAAUGGACGAGCGAGAAGAAGGAUGGGCGCCGGGUGGAGAUCGAUCGUGGAUCGCCGAUCCCUCGGUUGUUCGGGAUAGCGACGUUGGUGGCGGUGGCGGCGGCGCUUUUCGUGCCGAUCGCGUCGCCCGUUCCGCUCUCUGGAACCGGUCCCCGGGCACGCGAGGACGACCUCCACCGCUUCACCGGUCUCGAGGACGUCUACGAGGAUGUUUUCCGAGAAGAGGAUCGGGCGUCGAGGAGCGGCGACGAGACCGAGCUCGAUAUUAUCAGGAGGAGCAUAGCGCGUGGUCUCGGCCUCGAGAGGAUACCCGACCCUUCCAAGGCAAACGUCAGUCAAGCCGAAUACGAGAGAGCGCACAGAGAGUACCUGAUGAGAGUACAGCCCUCGUUUUCCAACGAAGCGACGACAUUCGGAAGCGAAAAGAAGCUGCACGUGUUUCCCGCUACAGCGUAUCCUGGAAACGUAUCGACCGAGACAAGCGAAAGGGAAAAACCUUACCGUCAUCGCUUGUUCUUCCCCGUGGAGAAGGAUCUGGAUCGCGCGACCGUCGAUCACGCAACGCUUCGACUGUUGCUCCACGGGCCUACGACCGACCAAUAUUAUUCCCAGUCUUCCGAAUUGGACGUGUUGCUCUAUCUCGGAGUAUCGUCGUUCCCUCGUCGGUCGAUAAGAUUGAUCGAUCGUACAAGAAUACGAUCCGAGGAUUGGCGAAACUCGAAAUGGCUCGAACUGGACGCUACUUUCGCCGUUUCCUCGUGGAUCGAAGCUCCUCUUUCCAAUCUUGGACUCGAAUUAGAAUUUUUAUUGGACGGAGAAACGGUGACGCGUACCUUUUCCUCCCCGGUUCUUAACGUGUUCACCGCGACUCCUUUCGCGUCGACCACCGCUCUCAGACGCAAACGUUCAUCGCCCGAACAAGUGAUGUCCCUUCACAGAGGUCGUAGAACCAAGUGCAAAGGCGAGGGUAAAAAGUGUUGCAGACACGAACUCACCGUCAUGUUUAAAGACUUGAAAGGUUUCGAGUUUAUCGUUUAUCCGAAAACUUUCGAUGCCGGAUAUUGUAAAGGACGAUGCCCGCCUAGAUACAAUCCGGCUCAUCAUCAUGCUCUUCUACAAAGUCUGUUGUGGAAAGAAGAUAGAAAAAAAGUGCCUAAACCGUGCUGCGCGCCGAGUAAACUCGAUCAAUUGAUGAUCGUUUACUUCGACGAGAAUAAUUCCACUCGGUUGAAAGUUUCCGAUUGGAAAAACAUUCAAGUACUCGAAUGCGCUUGUUCCUAAAUAUUUCUCUACUUUCUUUCGGUCUUAUUUUUCGGAGGAAGGGAUCAAACAAAUCGACCGAUGGUAAUUUUUAGCCGUGAACCAACAACGAACUUACCAACAACAAACCGAUGGAUAGGAACGAUCGAUCGAACCGAAAAAAUCUGCGCGAAAGGACCAGAGUUUUCAUAGUUGUAGACGACUCACCAAAGAAUCGUCCGAAUGUUGUUCGUUCUUUCUGACAAAUCCAAUGUAUUUCUUAAUAACGCAUUGCACCAAUCUUUCUUUUCCCGUUCAGUCCCUUACUGUGCUUCAUAUAUGCGUAUGUAUAUGUAUAUGUAUCUAUUCCGUCGCGAACGUUUACGAACGUAAUCGAUCGAUGAAACAGUCUUUUAUGGAAAACGAAAACACGAAAGAAAAAUUUGAUCGUAUUAUGAUCGUAUUACUGUUCGACGGUCGAUUCGAUUCGACCGAGAUAUCGUCGAAAGCCCCGGUCGUUUGGUCCAGGCUUUUGCAUUGACUGUGAUAUUGAAAAAUGUCUAACCCUUAAUGGUCGAAAGACUGCGCUUAAAUCACGCAUAUGUUAUAAAAAAAUGUGUCGAUCGUUAAGGGCUAAUAUCUCUGCUUAUAGUAAUAGUAUUUCAUACUUAUAUCCUUUACUUACCUAUCUUCUUUCUUUUAUUUUAUUUUUUUUUUUUCAACUAUUUUGUGUAUAUGUGCUGCCCUUCUUUUUCUCUUUUUUCCUAUAUAUUUUUUUCUUCUUUUUUUAAAUAAAUACCAUAUGCGUAUACAAUGAUCAUUACAAUGACAACAGGGAAUUCCUAAUGGGAAAAAGUGCAACGGCGUUUUCGAUCGUAUGGUUAGUAUCGUUUAAACGAAAUAGUUUUAUUCUAUGUAUUAUUUAUUUGAUCAAAUAUUCAACGAAUAUAGUUCGUACAUCAAAACAUUAUCGAACGAACUUUCGAGAGAUCAUGUAUAUAUAUAUAUAUUUUCUUUUUUUUAAAUGAAUUUAAUUGAAUAAACUUGCAUAUAUAUAUAUAUA